AUGGCUUCCGCAGACGCGCAUCCUCACCUUCACCAGGCUCACUUUGCGCCACAGAAGCUCUCGCGCUAUCGAUCUGUCCGGGCCUCGCAUCCUUCUUCUGGUCCUGGUGCUGCUUCUACUUCUCCUGCUGCUCACCAGGUACCGGUACCAGGCGCAGGGCAGCAUGUCUCCUCCAUCAGCCGCAGCAUGUCGCGGUACAGAAAGACUACAAACAACAACAGCAGCCAUGGAGUGCCGCCGCCGCCUCUCCCGCUGCCGGCCCAGCUCGAGUCCCAGCGCAACAGCUACGACCUCUCCUACGACCCUUACGACCCUUACGACCCCAGCGACCCCCAGGAUGGCUCCUCGCCCGUGGCCAGUCGACGGGUCUCCGUGCAGCAGAGCACCGCCAGGCCCUUGACUGCCUCUGCGUCUGCGGCAAGACGCUCGCUCGACCGCAACUCGGCCAAGCGCCACUCGUACUCCCAGCAGAACCAGCAGUUCUUCGACGGCAGAGACAGCUAUGAACGGCCCUCUCCUGCUCCCGCCACGACGUCGGGACCUUACUUCGUGGUCGAGCCUGGCAUGGGACCAAACACCUUUGACGACAGCUACGAGACGAUGCCGCCUCCUCACCGUGCCCCCACGACCAAGAAGAGCAAGGGGAGGUUGUUGAAGGAGAAAGGAGGUGGCUUGCUGGGCAGGUUCAAGAGCGAAGAGCGUCACAAGAAGCCCAAAGACAAGAAGACCACUUCUGCUGCUGCUGAGAAUGUCAACAUGGCUGGAGUCGACGCUCCUGUCUCUGCGGUCAACGCGGGCGAGCGAAAGGUGACGGUGACCUGCAACGACUCCUCCGUCACCUUGCCCGUCACUCCCUCCACUCUAGCCCAGGAUCUCAUCCACUCUGCUGCCAACACUCUCGACGAAGACAUCUUCCCUGACGCCGCCAUCAUCGUCGAGUCCUUCUCCCAGCUCAACCUCGAGCGUCCCCUGCGCAAGUACGAGCCCGUCCGCGACGUCCUCAACUCGUGGAAUACAGAUGCUCAAAACAUCCUCAAGAUCAUCCCGGACCCAGACCCAAACAUCUUGCCUGCUCUCCUUGCCAAAUCUGCUCCCAAGAGACAGCCGCCAGAUGUGUCCUUUAACCUCUACCACUGCCAGCGCACGGGCAAAUGGGACAGACGAUGGGUCACCCUGCGCACUGAUGGACAAGUCACGGUCUCUAAGAAGCAAGGCAGCGCAGAUAUCACUAAUAUCUGCCACAUCUCUGACUUUGAUAUCUACACGCCCACUAGAAGGGAGUAUAAGCGUCUCAAACCACCAAAGCCACUUUGUUUUGCCAUAAAGAGCCAGCAGAAGUCAGCCAUGUUCUUGUCUACUGAGAACUUUGUGCAUUACUUCUGCACCAAGCAUGAAGAGGUCGGUGGUGCAUGGCACAACGCCGUGCAGGAGUGGAGGAGCUGGUACCUGGUGCAUGUCAUGGGCGAAGGAUCCAAAAAGAAGCAACAACCUGUCCCUGUCCCUGUCCCUGAAGUAGAUGAUGAUACCCCUUACCUUGGAUCACUGUCCCUCGAUCAUAAUAUCGAUGACGAUACAUACGACCAGCCACCUGGUAAACGCUCUCGACCUCCGUCCUACAACCAACAUAUAGCUCCUGCCGGGCCCUUGGUCAACCAGGCAGUCAACAAGGAGCCCGUCAAGCUCAAACGAAGCAAAAGCAAGUCUACCUCCAAGAAGAAAGUGACCACCACGACGACAGAUGACAGUCUAAGCGAGGAACAGCCCUUUGCUCCCUCGGGCCUGCUGGGACGCACCUACACCCAACGACACAAGGCCAUGGUCGACCGUGAAAAGGAACAGCAGGCAGUUCCCGACGAAGGUCCAUUCAUCUCAACCGGCUUGCUCUCCAACGUCCGCCACGGCCAGAGCCAGCACUACCAAGGUCCAUCCUCACACUUAUCAAACCACUUCCCAGACCAACCACUACAGCAGCACCAACAGCACCAACACCAACACUACCACUCUACCGGCCGCUCCAACACCAUGACUGCCCCCGCCGACCCCAGACCAACAACCACUUCCUCCCGCUCCAAGUCCACCCGCCACCCUCCCAAGCCCCUCAUAGACCUCACCCCAACAUACAAGGAACCACCCCAGCACGCCCGCAAGGGCCGCGGCGUAGCUCCCAUCCAAGGCCAACCACUCGUCGAAUCCGCCACAGGCCCCGACCUCCAUCCAAACGCCAUCGUCGUGCCCCCCUCAACCACCUGGCGCAAACCACGCACCUCAGACCCCUCCCGCCAUCGCUCAACAAGACAGCCUAAAGCCGCUGGUGCUGCCGGUGGUGCCGGAGGUGGUCCGCUCGUCGAUCUUGCCGCUGACCCACACGGCCACAGCCACAUGUCGAUGCCCGGCUCGUUCCCCUUCGCGCCCACAGGUCUGGUAGCGCAGAGUCAGAAGCUGACUGUCUCGCAGGGAGCGUCGAGUAAGGGUCGAGGCGUCGCGACUGGUGAUAGGAAGAAGAUGGGAAAGCCGUUGUUGGAUAUGAGUCAGGUGCCUAUGCCUGCUCACUACCAGCAUCCGCAAGCUGAUUCGGAUUAG